AUGUCUGUAUUUAUGGUGCUGUUGGUCAUUGCCGGUGUCGUUGCAGGAGUUCUCACUUCUUCGCACUCGCUUCCCAAGUCGGCUAUUAUUGACCUGGGUCUGCCCGUGUGGUUCUUCAUCCAGGGAGGUGGAUAUGCCGACAAUUCCAACGAAAAUUACAACGGGAGUAAGGUCGUGGAGAACUCUGGGCAAGACAUCGUCUUUGUGAACUUCAAUUACCGCGUCGGGGUCCUCGGGUUUCUUGCCAGUGAAGAGGUUCGUCAGAAUGGCGAUCUCAACGCCGGCCUGCUCGACCAGCGAAAGGCACUUCUCUGGGUUCAGAAGUAUAUUCAUCUUUUCGGUGGAAACCCCGAUCAUGUGGUUAUCCAUGGCGCGUCCGCCGGUGCUGGGUCAGUCGCGCUUCAUCUAGCUGCGUACGGUGGUGAGAAUAAGAAUCUGUUCAUUGGCGCAGUGGCCGAAUCCACCUUCUGGCCAACGCAGCGAACGGUCGCAGAUAUGGAAUUUCAGUAUAAGCGCUUUGCGAAACAGCUCGACUGUGACAGUUCGGAUGAUGUCCUUUCUUGCCUCCGAUCGGCCGAUAUCGACAGCAUCCAGAAAUACGACGUCGUAUCGCCAUUUCCUAAUGGAGGCGAUACCCCGGCACCACUAUGGUAUUUCCUGCCUGUUUACGAUGGCGGCAUUGUCAGUGAUUACCUCUAUAGCUCUUUCAAGCAGGGCAAAAUUAUCCAUGUUCCACUGAUCGUUACGGAUGAAACCAACGAAGGCACAUACUUUGGGUACAAUGCGACCAGUGCAGACGAAGUGUCGCAGUUCAUGAAGAACAAUUAUCCGAAGCUCAAUGACACUCAACUGAAUGCCAUCAACAAAGCCUACCCAUUGAUGGAUCCUCUUCCCAAGCAUGCGGCAUAUUUUCCCUCUGCCGCUGCUGCAUAUGGCGAUUCGACAUUCACCUGCCCCGGGAACAUGAUGACAGCUAGCAUGUCGAAGCAUUUCUCAUUUGAGAAGGUCUGGAACUAUCGUUUCAAUGUGCAAGAUCAAACGGAGAUCAGUGAAGGCAAAGGUGUUCCUCAUGUCUUCGAUCUAGCUGCCAUCUUUGGCCUGGGACAAACCAAUGCGCCUUCAUUAUCUUUCGCAAACACCAACUCACAAAUUGUCCCCAUCACCAUGGACUACUACCUCAGCUUCAUCAAGACGCUGAAUCCAAACACUUUGCGAAACCAAGAUGCGCCCGAGUGGGAUAAUUGGGGAAAUGGCACCGGACAAAGGUUGAAGCUCCAGACCAACAAAACUGAGAUGGAAAUGGUUCCCCAGUUACAAAUUGAAAGAUGUGCGAUGUGGAAGAGUUUUUCAGAUAUCCUGGAGCACUGA